GUAAUAGAGUGAUCAAUUUAUGAAAGGUAGAAUACAUUAUUUGAUUUCAACUGAGGUAGGAUAAAUUUUGAGAAACUCAUCCAAAUCUAUAAUGUAAAUUAAGUUGGGAUGAGAGUAAUAGUAAAAAUCUAGGGAUUGGAGCAAACAUAAACAAAAGGUGAAGAUUGACCAAAAUAGAAGUUGUGAAAGCUAAUAAAAGUGCAUUUACCUCCAAAGUCCCACGUGGCACUUUGGUUUAAGUCGUAGGGUGACAGGUGUGUGAGCUUCCAAAUCAUCAUUUUCAUACGGCGCCUUUGCUUCUACUUUCGUGAUUCCAGGUAAUAACAACAAACUAUCCUUAUCCUUCUUUUCUUCUAUAGUAAUAAAUAAAGGUCCUUUUAAAAAGCGUGUAAAUAGAUUCAACGGUCAACAACUGUGGCCGACGCCACCACGUACACCACCUUCACCACCUUCACCACCUUCAUCUUCAUUCUUCAACUUGACGAAAUCCCCACCCCACCUCCCUCCCUCUUCUUUUAUUUCCCAAAGUUCCCACUUUCACUCUCAUCUCAUCUCAUUAAUCAUGAAUCUCUCUUCUUUUUUCGCUCUUCCAUUUCUCCUUUUCCUCUUCUUCUUCUUCAACCUCGUUUCCGCCUGUCAUGUCGCCGACCAGAAAGCUCUUCUUGCUUUCAAGUCCGCCAUUACUGCUGACCCCUCCGGUAUUUUAUCCUCAUGGAAGCCCGGCGUCGACUGCUGUACUUGGGCCGGAGUCACUUGCUCCGUCCCCAAUCGUGUCACUAGUCUCAGUCUCUACGGCCAACUAGACCGCCCCAACGCCUUUCUCUCCGGCACCAUCUCCAACUCCCUCUCCAACCUCCCUUACUUGGACGGAAUCUACCUUGUUAACCUUCGUAACAUUUCAGGCCCUUUUCCACUUUCUCUCUUCAAACUCCCUAAACUACUCUACGUCUACAUCGAGAACAACAGGCUUUCAGGUCAAUUACCUGCAGCAAUCGGAAAUAUGAGCCAACUCGAGGCAUUCAGUGUUGAAGGUAACAGAUUCACUGGUCCGAUCCCCAGUUCGAUUUCCAAAAUGAUUCGCUUGACUCAGCUUAAACUUGGUGGCAACCUUCUCACUGGAUCCAUACCCAUUGGAAUCAAGCAACUCAAAAGUCUGACGUUCCUCAGCCUCGAACGGAAUCGAUUCACCGGUGCUGUUCCGGAUAUUUGGGGAACGUUUCCGGAGUUGAGGAUUCUCAGACUUUCGCACAAUAAACUCACCGGCAAAAUUCCGCGUUCAAUUUCAUCCCUGGCUCCGAAGCUUAGUUAUCUAGAGUUAGGGCACAAUUUGAUAACAGGAAAUAUUCCUGAUUUUCUUGGAAACUUUAGGGCUCUGGAUACACUCGAUCUCUCAUCCAAUUACAUCUCUGGAGUUGUGCCGAAAAGCUUCAGAAAUUUGACGAAAAUAUUCAACCUGGAUCUGUCUCGGAAUUCGCUGGUGGAUCCAUUUCCGGAGUUGUUUGUGAAAGGGAUCGAGUCGUUGGAUUUAUCUUACAACAAAUUUCAUCUGGGGAAAAUUCCGAAAUGGGUGACGUCGUCGCCGAUUAUAUACUCUCUGAAAUUGGCGAAAUGUGGGAUAAAAAUGAAGCUGGACGAUUGGAAGCCGACUGAAACGUAUUUCUACGAUUACAUAGAUUUAUCGGAGAACGAGAUCUGGGGGAGUCCGGUGGGAUUGUUGAACCGGACGGAUUACUUGGUCGGAUUUUGGGGAGCCGGAAACAAGUUGAAUUUUAAGUUGCAAGAUUUGAGGAUAGUGAAGAGCUUGAAGUACUUGGAUUUGUCGAGGAAUGUGGUGUUGGGUAAAGUACCCGGCGGGGUGGUGGGGCUGAAGAAAUUGAAUGUGAGCUACAAUCAUCUGUGUGGCCGGCUUCCGGCGACGAAGUUUCCGGCGACGUCGUUUGUGGGAAAUGAUUGCUUGUGUGGGCCGCCGCUGCCGGCCUGCAAAUGAUGCGUCCUCCUCGACGACGACUACUACUGUGGAAUUUAAAACCGAGACGUAGUUUUCAAAUUUCAUAUCAACAUUGGGUGAGUUCACCAACCGCACCACCGAAUGCGAAUGCGAAUGCGUUAAAAGGCGCAUUUUAGAUGAGAUUAUGUGGGGGCACGUACGUAUGAGCGUUAUAUGAAACCUAGUAGCUCUCCAUAUCAUCUUUUUUAUAUGAAACCUAGUAGCUCUCCAUACCAUCUUUUAUAUGAAACUAAGUUUGAUACUGGUUAGGAUGGGACCUCAACCAAACAGGUUUAUGCUUUGAUAAUUAAUAUGUACAUCGCACGUGUUUUCUGAAAUCCAAUAGCACGUAACUACCUUAAACUAGCUAGUUUAAUCAAAUGCUUCACAGUUCCAAAGUUAGUUUUUAUCGGAUGUUAUUUAAGCCUUGGUAUUAAGUUGUUUUGA